CACAAAGACGAAGUGAAAAGAUUGUGCCACAAUAAAAAGCAAUACACAGUAAUUCACAAAUGCGGGCAGUUAUCAACUGCAGUUCCGCACGAGAAGAUCCGCGACCAGACGUAGCGCCUGCUGAACACCGAAAGCAGCAAAACCAAAAUAACUUUCGGCUAAAGAGUUGAACUAAAUAGGCCUGUGGAAAUAUGGAAGUAUUAGAUGACGACGACAAGUACAGCGAGCAGCUUAUUCUGGUGCAACAGAAUCUACGCACGUUGCCAGCUGAGGUGGUGCAGCGCUAUGCGGAGAUUACGGAGCACUUGGAUUUGAGCCACAAUUGUCUCAAGGAUCUCUCCUGGCUGGCCGAGUUUGAGCAGUUGCGUUAUCUGGUGCUGGACUGCAAUCGAUUGCACGAGUCGCAGCUGCGCACCUUGACCGUGCCGCUGCCACAGCUGGAGGUGCUCAUGUUGAACAAAAAUGAGUUCAGUGAUCUGACCGCUACAGUCCGGCUUAUCAAGCGGCUCUUUCCCAACAUACAGUACCUAAGCCUCCAUGGCAAUCCCAUUUGCCCCGACGGCCUCCACUUGCAGCCCUUCUCCAGCUACCUGGACUAUGACUACGCAUACUACAGCAACUUUAUCGCACAAUCGCUUCACAAACUGAAAUUCCUCGAUCACGCACUGGUCAAACGUUCCUUCACCUAUGAGAGCUUUCCCAUCAAGCGAUACGACAGAGCCGACAAUUCACCUGUGACCACAACAAGACUCUGAGCAAUAGAAAUGGAAAACUACCUUAUUUACUGGACCUAACUGAUAAAAUCUCAAUAUUAUAAUUCAUAUGCA